GAAAGUUUGCUCUCGACCGAACGGAGAAAGGAGAGCUAGACGCGAGGAAGAGAUAUCAGUUUUGUACAUCCUUCGGUUGACCCACAAGAAUCCACAGAACUCAAGAUGCGAUCGAGGGAACUUGUUUGCAUGUUCAAGCGUCUUCCUCUUUUAUCUUCAUCCCGCACAUUUCUACCAAGAUCGUCGCCGCGCUGCUUCUCCUCUCGGUCUUCGGAGCAUCACUUGGAGCAGAAGGAAAUGAACCUUGUAGGAGCUAUCAACAACGCUCUGCACAUCGCGCUCGACACCGACCCAACUGCGAUACUUCUAGGAGAGGACGUCGGGUUUGGAGGAGUGUUCCGAGCUGCUGUCGAUCUCCAGGAGAAGUUCGGCAAGUCCAGAGUCUUCAACACACCUCUGUGCGAGCAAGGGAUAGCUGGGUUUGCUGUUGGGCUGGCAUCGGAGGGCUCAACUGCUAUCGCUGAGAUUCAGUUCGCCGACUACAUCUUCCCGGCCUUUGAUCAGAUCGUCAACGAGGCAGCCAAGUACAGGUUCAGGAGCGGAGGGCAGUUUGACUGCGGCAAACUCACCAUCCGUACCCCGUAUGGGGCAGUCGGACACGGAGGGCUGUACCACUCCCAGUCCCCUGAAGCGUACUUCACGCACACACCUGGGCUGCGGGUGAUCGUUCCUCGCUCUCCUUACCAGGCCAAGGGCCUCCUCCUCUCGUCCAUCCGGUGCCCUGACCCCGUGAUCUUCUUCGAGCCCAAGGCGCUGUACCGCGCUUCGAAGGAGCUCGUUCCUGUGAGCGACUACGAGAUAUCGCUCUUCAAUGCCGAUGUGGUCAUGGAGGGGUCGGACAUCACGGUGAUUGGAUAUGGCGCGCAGCUCGGAGUGCUAGAGAAGGCGUGCAAGAAAGCCCGAGAGGAGUUGAACAUCAGCACUGAGAUCAUAGACCUUCGUUCGCUCCUUCCCUGGGACAAGGAGACAGUCUGCAAGAGUGUCAUGAAGACAGGAAGAUGCGUGAUCAGUCACGAGGCUCCUCUGACCAGCGGGUUCGGAGCUGAGUUGGCAGCUUCUAUCCAGAAGGAGUGUUUUUUGAGUUUAGAGGCUCCGAUUGAGCGAGUUUGCGGGUACGACACUCCGUUUCCUCUCUCCCACGAGAAGUUUUACGUUCCGGACUACCUCAAGUGCUUCGCGGCGAUUCGACGAUGCAUACAAUUUUGAGCAGUAGAAGGAUGCAGUUUUGUAUACAGACUUUCAUCUC